AUGACCAACGAUCUUCGUGAGCUCGAGAAGCAGGAGAGAAAUCUCCGGAAGACAUUGGAAGCGAUGCAGUAUUUCAUUAAACAUUAUACUGCUGACCAAGUCGAUCAAGUUUCGGUCCGUCUGCAUAGAUUGGAGGAAGUAUUUCAGGAAUUUCAUACUGUCCGUCGUAAAAUAGAGCUAUUAACCGAUGAAGUUUUCCCCGAUGAACCAUGCGACCAAAAGGAAUCCCAAGAGCAACGUAUGGCUCGUAUUUCUGUCUUAAAGGAAGAAAGAGAUGAUGCAAAUGUUAGAAUCAUCAUGAAGGUGGAGAUGAUCUACUACAAUCUUAAAGCUGCACUUUCACGAUUGUCGAUAAAACCCAUUGACGCCAUGCCAGCUACCCAACCUGUGUUACAAUCUGUCCAAGCAGGUGUUUCGAAAGUCAAGCUGCCUGAAAUACGAUUGCCGAGCUUUAGUGGACAACUUAAGGAAUGGGUCACCUUCCGGGACACUUUCUGUAGCCUGAUACAUAAAAACCAACAAUUAUCAGCUAUGGAUAAGUUUACGUAUCUGAAAUCGUCGUUAAAUGGAGAGGCUCUGCAGGAAAUUAACUCUGUUGAGAUGACCGAAGCGAACUAUGAUGUGGCCUGGAUUACACUGGAGCAGAAAUACGAGAAUAAGAAAUUAAUAGUGAAGGCUCAUUUGGAUUCGCUAUUUGCGAUAGAAGCGAUGAAGAAGGAGAGUUACGAGUCACUAAGUAAACUAAUCGGUGAUUUCGAGAAAAAUCUAUUGAUGCUGGACAAGAUUGGGGAAAAUACAGCGUGUUGGAGUACCAUACUGGUACACAUGGUCUGCUCACGGUUAGAUCCAACCACUCUCAGACAUUGGGAAUCCAACCAUAACUCGAAAGCGGUUCCCAUGUACUCGAAUUUGAUUAAAUUUCUCCGUGAACACUGUUCUGUAUUGCAAUCAGUUAUGUCGAAUAAACCAACUCUAGUUCAAGAGAAUCGUCCAAGGUUUGGUGUGUGUCAUGCUGCUGUCCAAUCGUGGAAUAAGUGUGUCUUUUGCGGAGAAGCGUUUCAUUCCGCAUUUCGUUGCUUCAAGUUCCUGAAAAUGAAAGUUUCCGAACGAUUUGGUUUAGUCCUGCGCAAAAAACUGUGCCUCAAUUGUCUGACUGCAGGACACCAAGCGAAGAUGUGCGCCAAGGGUUGCUGUCACCAUUGUAACCAGAAACAUCAUUCCCUGUUGCACCCAGAACCACUUCAACAUUCAUUACCCUCUAAUAAAUCCUCCGUCCCGCCGCAGAAAAGACCUCAAAGUGCGCAGCAAUCCCAGACACAAUACAAUUACAGUCAACCUACACUAAAUCAGACCACACCACCCACUACAAGCGCUCUCCCAGUCACUCAUAUGCAAAACACUCAACCACAAAUCACCACAAACCCCAACACCAUUUCAUUAUCAGCCAGUACUACAGAUAAUGCUGGAGAUGUUCUUCUUUCUACAGCCCUUGUCUGUGUGAAAGACCAGUAUGGCGUGACACGACUAGCCAGAGCUCUGCUAGACUCGUGCUCACAAUUUUGUUUUAUGACCACCAACUUCAGUCAAAAACUGAAAUUACGUGAAUGUCGCGAUUACCUUGCUGUUCAAGGAAUCGGAAGCUCACAAUCUGUAUCCAGAAAGCGGGUAAAUGCUCAAAUUCUUCCCCGUCUUGAUGGAAUCUCAUCCUUCAGUGAAGACAUAUCAUUCUAUGUGCUGCCUGAAAUGGCAAUCACUCUGCCGAGUCGAAAAGUAAAUAUCGCUGAAUGGAAACCACCGUCAAACAUUAUCCUGGCCGAUCCACAACUCUGCGAGCCUGGACAAAUUGACAUCAUAAUUGGCGCUGAAUAUUUCUACGACCUUCUCACCGACGGGCGCAACAAAAUUUGCAAGGAGGGUCCAAUUCUGCAGAAUACUGUAUUCGGUUGGAUUGCCUCUGGGCGGAUUCCGACUCGAUCAGGAAAUUCCCCGCAAGCAGUCUCAGUUACGUGCACAUCUGUAGCAUGUCCGCUGCGGAUUCGUCAAGGUCCUAGUACAAGGCAAUGUAAUGCUCUUGAUGUUGAAAACGAUCAUACAAUCCUGGAGGAGACUAAAUAUGUUGCCUUUCCUGCAAAAACUGAGUCAGAAAGCGAAAUAUUCGAUCCUUCGAUAUUUGUUUACUGCUUAAUCUGGUGGAUGACCAGUAUUCGGCAGUUCAUUCAUAACAUACGGUAUAAAAGGGCACGAUGGAUGGAUUUCCCGACACACUUCGAGCAUCAGGAAGCGCCAACGUUCCUGGUUCAAAGAGAAGAAGAAGUUAAUACAGCUGCAUUAAACAAAGGCAAAUCCAUCAACCCGUCAUCGGUACCAGUCGACGGCAUAUUAUGCGUAGGACGCCAGUUAACCAAGGCGUUCAGUGUGUCGCCGUUUUACAUCUGCCUAACGAUAAAGGCGAUCUAUUAUGCAUUCGUUAGCGAAUUGAUUCAUAGAUACUUUUGCCGUGUUUAA